CCCACCCAGCGGAACCCAGCAGGGAACACUGGCUACAAGUGCUGCGGCUGGGGAAUAGCGGACUUUCUCAGGGAGCCACGCGGACGCGAGUGCUGCUCCCGCUCCAGCUUCACCCGGUAGCCGAAGCAGAAGGAAACUUGCCUUCUCGUUUGAGGGAUUCUGUCACGGGAACGUGUGAGUCCCUGGAUAAAUUUGGCUUGGUGACGGCAGUGUGCUCUCUCCAGAGAUACUGCCACUUCCUCCUUGCUCCUUUUCUCCCCGACCUGAGUUUCUCCUGCUAACCCUGUGACAAGUCAGAAGAUUUGCCCUUUCCACACUCUUCUGCCACCUGGUUCCCUUUCUUAUGUGUGUCCCUCUCAUGAGGAACUGAGGCUAAGGUGUCCUUAACCAGCCAUGACUAUAAAGGACAUGGGGACCAGAGGAGCAGGCCUCUCUAUAGCACGGGCUUAGAUUCUGCCGGGUUCUUAUCUAACUGUGUUGCCACUGGAAGAAUUUCUGAAAAUUGCUACAGGAAUUCUAGCCAGCUCCCAUGGAGCUCCACUCCCUGACUAAGAGGAAUAGACCAGAGGACCUGUGCAAUGCUGUGGACUGGAGUUCAGGAGGGACUUUUGGUGACCAGGGAGAGGAAGCAGCCAUCAGAGAGGCUCUUGGCUCUCAGAAAAACUCUACAUCCACACCAGGAGCAGCUGUAGUGGAAGUGUCUAGACUUAGCUCUUCUCCAGCACCCCCAACUUCCUUGCUCCAAGACAAUGCUAUUCAGCCAAGCUUUUUCCCGCCAGGACCUCCUGACUCAGGGAACAGCCAAGUAAUGGCAGACCGUAAAGUCUGCAAUUGUUGCAGCCAGGAACUAGAAACGUCUUUUUCUUAUGUGGAUGAGAAUGUCAACUUAGAACAGAGAAGUCAGAGAUCCCCAUCAGCAAAAGGCAGUCAUCACCCUGGCGAUCUCGGCUGGGGAAACCCUAAUGAGUGGUCCCGUGAGGCUGCCAUGUCGUUGAUAUCUGAAGAUGAGGACGACACAAGCUCAGAAGCUACAUCUUCAGGGAAGUCCAUAGACUAUGGUUUCAUCAGUGCCAUCUUGUUCUUGGUCACUGGUAUCUUGCUGGUGAUCAUUUCUUACAUUGUCCCUCGGGAGGUGACAGUGGAUCCCAAUACCGUGGCAGCCCGGGAGAUGGAGCGCCUAGAAAAGGAGAGUGCCAGGCUAGGAGCACACCUGGACCGCUGUGUGAUAGCUGGGCUCUGCCUCCUCACACUUGGGGGAGUUGUCCUCUCAUGUUUGCUGAUGAUGUCUAUGUGGAAGGGGGAACUCUAUCGUCGAAACAGAUUUGCCUCUUCCAAAGAGUCUGCAAAACUCUACGGUUCUUUCAACUUCCGGAUGAAAACCAGCACUAAUGAAAACACCUUGGAACUGUCCUUGGUGGAGGAAGAUGCCCUUGCUGUACAGAGUUAAUUCUGAACUUCUUGAGAGACAGCUAUAUGUUUGAUGUGAAAAAAUUAAAUCACCGGUGUCCUUUAUUUGUUUGGCAAGAAAAGUUAUCCUUUGUUGUUGUUAUUGUCAUUUUCUACAUCCCAGAAGCCAGCCAGUGUUCUGUUUCCAUGGAUCUUUUAUUAAGAAAACCUGUGUAAGAUGUAAAAGAAACCAUGGCCAUCUAUUCCUGACUUACUGCAAACUGAAAACGAAUUCACCUGUAAUGACUAUGAAUUUCUAUUUCUAUAGCAAAAUACUUCCACUGACCUAAUAUACAAGUGUUUUCUUUUUACAUAAACAUGGAUAUUAUUAUUAGGUACUAGAAGGGCUCCCGCACAAUGGGAUCAUGUGGCAAUCUAUUCUGUGAAACACAAGCUCUAAUUAAAUAGCAAAGCUUACGUUUAAUUCCCAAAGUGCUUUUCCAUUUUCUUGCUAAAAUUUUAUUCCUGUAAUUUGACUAAACACUAAAAUGUAGACUUUGGGAGUGUGAAUGUUUUGAAACUUAAAGAUAAUGGUUAUUUUUUAAAAGCUAUAAAGUACUAUAUUUUAAAAUAUUACUGUGUUUAGAAAUGACAACUAUGUCAUUAAUAUGUACCUUCUUACAAAGAAAAUUAUGUAAGUCAUCUUCAGACCCACGUGAGGUUAACUGUUAACAUAAGGUGUUUUCCUGAAGCCUUUUUUCCCCCAAUGAAGUAGAGUAGUUGUUGAUACAUACUUUGUUUCCUUGUGGAUUUGCCUUCAGCCUGAUGACCUGUCCCCUUGAAAUCUUUACUUCUCAUACAUGUGUGGCAAAGGAUUACACUUUAAAAACAUAUCUUCUGGGAGCCAAACAUUUAGACAGGUCUAAGUCAUGAGCAGGCCUGGUAUGCUCCCCAGGUGAUGUUUUGUGGUGGUGGUUUGGAGAAAACCUCCAGUAUAAUUGCAGCUAGACUCCUGGGAACUAUGCCUAGUAUAAGUCAUUACUUAAAAAGUCCUUAAACCUAUAGCCAAAAUCUUAUAUUGUAAAGAGAAAAAUCAAACUCAUUAAUUUAGUGGGAGUUGUGUUCAUCACUAUCCUGACUCCACUUGACAAGGUCUAGAGAUCAUCCUGAAAACCUACUUUGGACCCUUGAGGACCAUGUUCUCCCCUCAUAAAGUGAAGUGUUUAGUCUAUGAGAGGUUCUGUGGACAAGGUGGUCAGGAAAGAGAUGGAAAAUGUAGCCUAAGCAAGAUCUGUAUUGCACUGAUGUUCCUUGAAGUGACUCACACCCUUCCACUUAGGUGUUUUAUUAGUAUAAAAUGAGUUCAUUCUUAAAAAGGACUGGAGCCAGGAAUGGAUGUGAGUGAAAGGAUGAGCUAGUGAGAAAGGAAUUUUGUUGGAGAUUCUUAGGCUUAACAAAGUCUAAUGUAGACACCUGUGUUUUUACUGAGGGAUGUGGGUGAACUAUAUGAGUUUGUGUAUCUAUAUGAAUGAGUUCUUGUGGAUAUCAGAGCAGUUUGUUGAGUUACCUUUUAACAAGUUAAAGGAAAACACAGUAGUGGAGGAUGAGGUAGGGAUGGCAAGCACAUCACAGAAUUCUUAGGGAAAAGUAAAAAAAGUGUGGAAACUGUAUAUGUAGCCUCAUUGCCUCACUCUGUAGAAUAAAGUACUUGACCAUGAAGUGCUGGCUUACUGAGACACGAAGCAGAACAAAGAACAUAUAUUUUGAUUAUUGUAGCUAGUCUUUUGUGCUUUGUGUCUCUGUGACUCUCAGAUCGUCUGUGCUGAAGGCAUUUUCCCAGAAGUUUAAACUUUACCUUCUGGAUGUUUAUUCAUUUUUGAUUCCUAGUCUGCUUGAGGAACUGCUUUGGAGAUGUUGCAGUAAGAAGGGAGUAAUCUAUCUCCAUGAGUGAGUAGAUCUGAGCUGGGUUCAAACUGCAACAACAAAAUUUGUAAAAUAAAAUUUAAACCAGUUUAAUCCAGGCCUGGUGAGUCAUGCCUUGAUUCUGACACUUGAGAGGCUGAAGCAGGAAGAUCAAUGCAAGGUCAAGGCCAGCUUAGACUACAUAGUGGGUUCCAAGACAGCCUGGAAUAUAGAGUGAGACUUUCUCAGAAAAACAAUAAACUAUUCAUGUUUAUUUAUAUGAGAUCUCUGAAUUUUGUUUUUAUCUAUUUGUAAAUCAUGAUUAAUUAGUUUCAUAGCAAAUAAAACAGCACUAAUUUGUGGUUCAAUUUUCCAUUCUUGAUGAGCUUGAAAUUAAACAUGAAGGCUGUCCUUUCAAUCCUAUAAAACUAAUGAUAAGAAAAAAAGCCAGAGUUCUUCAAUACAAAAAAAGUUAAUGAACUCACUAUGCUGCUAAAUGGUAUAGAUA